CGGCCACGUUUUGAUUUCGGCGCAGGUGUGCCCAAUUUCAACGGGCCAACCGAUUUCAAUGCAUCACGGAGCUGUGGAGCCGAAACAGGAGACAACGACGAUGAUGCAGCACCACUUGUUGAAGCUGGGGCACUUGUCGAUGCCUCCGACGUUGACACCUCCUCAUUCGCAGCAGUCACAAUGGCAUCACCAGAGGCAAGAACUCGACGUUGAUUGUCGGCGUUUUUCUCUUCGUCACCGAACAAAUUUUCGCCGCUCAGUUCCGAAGCGACAAAGUUACCUUCAGUGAAAAUUUGCGGGUUGAACGGGUAGAUGCCAGUUGUUCGGAAGCCGGAUUUGAUGGUUUUCGGCGUUAACAUAACAUCGAGGCACUGAUCGAAAAGGGGCGGCAAAAAUUAUUUAUUAUUCGAUGAAAGAAAAAGAAAGAAACCAGCAGAACUCACUGUUUUUGUGCCCAUCGUCGUGCUUUCAGCCAGCAAAUUCUUCAUUACAUCGGCAUUGGCAGUAGUAACGUCGAUGCUCGCACCAUCAAAUGCUGCAAUAUAACGCAUCAGGUUGGUUCUCGGAAUUUUGUGUGCCGUCGCAGAUUGUCGAACGCUGUUGUGAUGUAUUUUCACUGACUUGAUCGCCUCCAAAAUGUUGUCGAAAUCAACAAUUUUCUCUUGUUUGGGAUAGUACCGCGGCAUAAUGACUAAAAAAAAUUUUUCGGAGCACGAAACUAUCAGGAAAUGUUGAAAAAUUAUUGUGUUGUCGAAAUUCUGCACGAAAAAUCACUUAUACACGUGAAAUAUAUGAAGUUAGCAUGUCAAAUGUAAAAAACUAUGUGGCCCGACAUUCCCCGUAAUAAUUGACUCGAGAUUCCCCAAACGCUCAUAUUUGCAAAAUGGCGGUGGAUAAUGAACACAAUGUAAAUUCGUGCAAAAUUUCUUUUGUGUGUCGAAGGCUAAAGGCUCAACUAAUAUUAUAAACAUAUUUACCUGGAUGAAUUUAUUGGAAAAUGUGAAAAAAAUCAACUGUACACAGAGUUGAAAAAACUUUCGGAGUGUCGAAUUUCUUUUUGUUGUCGCAGAGAGGUUAUAACACGUGUUCACAGCUCGAGUGCUAUAUAGAAACUGAGCUUAGUAUGAGACGAGCCGAUGACAGUUGGUUGCAGCUGUCAACCUAUACUAGGGAAAAGAAUAUCGCGUUGGCCCGGGAUUCCCUACCUGCCCAACAUUCCCCACCUUCCCCUAUCUGUAUUUUGUGUUAAGUUUGUUGCGAAAACCCAUGGUGUCUCAGAUUUAAUGUGCGACGUUGCAUAUUGCUGAUCAUUUUCACACACAAUUUAUAGUGCGACUGUGCGAGACUAUUUUCAGUGGUAUUCACAGCAAUUCUCUUUUCUCGAAUUUCGUAUACCUCGCUGUAAAAUACAAAACGCAAGUAUAUUUAAAUACAUUACUGUAUUUUGUGAAUAUUUUGAUUAAAUACUUAUAGAAAAAACUAUUACGUAUAAAUGAAAAACAGCUGACUUAUUACAAAAUUGCCUCCGUUUAUUUAACCCAAGUUCCAAUUUUGCCACUUGGCCACUACAAGGUACGUUCCAAAGUAAAAGGGCUUAAAAAACAGAACAAAUGCGAUAAACCGAUGUUUUGGAGAUGUUCAAUUCUAUUUCCAUGAAUUUCUAUGAUGAUUUCGGCUGAUUUUUGAUGAAUUCACGCACGGUUUCGAUGGAAUUUCCAGUGAUCACGGAUUUUGAUUGACCCACAUGUAGAUCGUCAUUUAUUUCCCCACGACCACUUUGAAAACGUUGAAACCACUCGUGCACUCGAGAUAGGCAAUCAUCGCCAUAAACUUGUUUCAUCAGUUGAAACGUUUAGGUAAAAGUUUUACCAAUUUUAAAAAAAAAUUUAAUGUUGGCUCUUUGUUCGAAGCUCAUUUUCGCACCGAUAACACAAACAUACUGACACUUAAAACGCAAUAACUUCAGUUCCAAUGUAUGAAAUGUCAUGAAAUUCUUACUGGACAAUCGAUAAAGAUAGCAAAUUCGAACGCACCAGUCGACACAUAGAUGGCGCCACCAGGGUGCGCUAGAUUCAAACAGAUCCUGUUUACUUUGGGACGCACCUUGUAUAAUAUAAAUGCCAUAUUAAAUGAGCACCCUUAUUAUUUUAGGUGUAGGAUUUGGUGGCCGUGAGCUACUGGCAAUUUUUUUUUUUUUUUUUCAUUCUAUAUUAAGAAAUGGGAUGCAUUUUGAAACUCCAAUUUUUUUGAUAGUGAUAGAAUUAAUUUCUUGUUCUGUUGUUAUUUUCUAAAUUCUAUCCAUAAGUAUGUCAUAAAAGAGUCCUAUGUCUGUUUCUCUUUCUUUUUAGCUUUUAGGAUUUACUUUACUCUUACUGUAAGGUUAUUGAUUUUAGAAACAUACUACUGCGAAGUAUCGAUAUCGUAAAGGGGGAGUAAAGUAGUGUUGGGGACUAUCGAAUAAAAACAAUCAAGUUAUUCGAUAGUUCAGCAAUUUUCAUUCAUUCGAUAGUUUUCAAGAAAUCACUCAUUACUAUUUUUUCGUUCAUUCGAAUUUUUUUGUUCAUACCAAUUUUUCGUUCAAAACGAAUAUUUUGUUCGAUACUAAUUUUUCGUUCAUUACUAUUUUUUCAUUCAUUAGUAUUUUUUCGCUAUUGAAUGAUUUUUCGAAUGAAUGAUUUUAUGCAAGUGGAUAUCUAGCAAAGAUUCUUUGUACGAAUUCAUUUAUUCCAUUUCAAGUAAAUGGUAUUAUAUUCAGCAAAUGUACGAAUAAUGCUUAAAUUGUGUGUAUUUCAAAAUUAUGUUGAAUGAUUUAUGUUGAAUUAUGUGUGAUAAUGGAAGUUAAAUUGAAUGCAUGUAUGAGUGGUAGAAGUUAAUAGAUGCUUAAAAUAGAUUUAAGUGAAAAGUAUUAACAAUAAUAAAUAUAGACUUAUAAAGCGAUAAUGUAGGAGGCAUUCCCAAAUUAAUAAGAUGACUAAAGUAGAUUCAUAUGGUCAUCGGUAUUUGGCAAGAUUAAAUGACAGUUUCUAGUCGGUUUGAUAAAAUCCAAUGGCUUUGAAGGAAGAAGCAGGUUGGCAACUUGGUUAUGUAUUGCGAUUCGAAAUUGUAGCUAUGUAUACAUUCACUUAACCGUUUCAACUGUUGGUAUUAUUUGCAGCAUCAAUAGUAAAACAUUUGAAUUGGGUCGUAACUUAUAUAAAUAUUGGUAUUAGAUUUUUAAUUGCAGUGUUUUCUGUGAUAAUACAAAAAUGCGCCCUGGAUUAAAGAGAUCAGCCGUGUGGGAGUUUUUUUACUAAUAAUGGUAAUAACGUCAACUGCAAUAUUUGUAAAAAAAAUUUAAAGUUUGCUGGUAACACAUCAAAUAUGAACGAUCACCUACGACGAAGGCAUCCAUCAUCACAUAGUGUGGAGGAGACUUCUUCGGCGAUAGUCGAACGAGCACCUGCUGUAAGUGACUUAGAUAUGGCAAGCUGUUCUUCAACGCAAAGAGAUGUGAACUUAAAGUGGAAACUAUUGAAAGUGAGUUAAGUAGUGCUCCUUUGGUACCUCCUGUGAACGUAGAAACUACAAUUUCUUCAACAAUACCCAGUAGAAAUGUUUCAGGUGGUGGAGCAUUAAAAAGAAGGGCAAUGCAAACAAAAUUAUUUGUUACAAGCACGCGAUCUGAGCUUUUGGAAAAGAGAAGUAUAGAUGAGUCUCUUAUUAAAAUGGUUACAAUAGAUAUGCAACCACUCUCUAUUGUUGGAAAUGGAGGAUUUCGAGAAUAUACAAAAAAGCUUCAGCCUUUGUAUUCAAUCCCAAACAGAAAACUUCUUUCCAACACAAUGUUGCCCUCAAAAUAUAACGAGACACGGAAAAAGCUUCAUGUCAUUUUGCAAAAUAUUUCACACCUUUCUAUAACAACAGAUAUGUGGACUACUGACAGCCAGAAGUCUUUUUUGUCUGUAACUAGUCAUUUCAUUUGGGAAAGCAAAAUGAACUCAGACUGGCAACUAAAGAAGUGUUCGGCUCACAUACUGCUCAAAAUAUAGCCACAGAAUUAAAAAGCAUUUUUGACGAGUGGUCAAUUUUUAACAAAAUAGUGACGAUAGUGAGUGAUAACGGUGCAAAUAUUAAAAAAGCGAUAAGGGAUAUACUGCAAAAGCACCACCACCCAUGUGUCGCUCACACCCUAAAUUUAUGCGUUGUGGAUGAUAUAAAGACUGCUCCUCAGAUUUUAGAGCUUAUAACGAAAUGCAGAGCUAUAGUAACAUAUUUCCAUCAUAGCUCUCAAGCAGCAGAAAAAAUUAAAAAUAUGCAAAAGCAAAUGGGAGUAGCUGAACUUAAGAUGAAGCAAGACGUUGCUACUAGAUGGAACUCUGGCCUUAUAAUGAUGGAACGUAUAUGCUUGAUAAAAGAACCGCUCUCUGCUGUACUAACUUCCUUACCAAGUGCACCGAACUUUCUGAAUGCAUCAGAAUGGGAAAGGUUACGUGAUUCCAUCACUGUAUUGAAGCCGAUAGAGCAUAUGACAACAGAACUUUCAGCACAAAACUACCCAACGAUGUCACUAGUGGUGCCUAUAGUCAGAGUACUGCAAUAUGCAAUAAGAUCCCAGCAAAUGAAAACUACGGAAGGAGAAUGCUUGAAAAAUAGUUUGUUGGAAGUAAUUUCAAGACGACUUGGCCUACUAGAGUCUUCCAAGAUGUGUGCCAAAUCGAGCUCCUUAGACCCACGGUUUAAAAAGAUUGCCUUUGGAAAUGAAAGUAACUCUAGUAAUGCUCAAAAAUGGUUGGGAGAAGAGGUAUCAGCAUUCAUACAGCGGAGCCAAAGGACUGCUACUGCCCCAGUAACAGAAUUACCCGCGGAUAAAAAUAAAUUAUCUCUUUGGACUCUACUUGACCCAAAAGUAGCGGAAGCAAAAACUAUUUGUCACAACGCCCCUAGUGUUAAUGCACAUAUUUCUUUGGAACAAUAUCUUAGACAAGAUUUCGUUGAGAGACAUCAAAACCCUUUAAACUAUUGGGACAGCAAAAAAGCAACUUUUCCAGAACUCUACGAGCUUUCCAAAAAAUAUUUAUGUAUACCUGCUACUUCCUCCGAAAGGGUUUUUUCUAAAGCUGGGCAAAUAAUAAUUGAUAGAAGAAAUAGACUUAAAGGUGAAAAGCUAGAUCAAAUAAUAUUUUUAAAUAGCAAUUUUAAUAUAUAUUUAAUAUUUUUUUGCGUUCUUCUGAUAUUUAUAUUUAUUUUAUAUGAUAUUGAAUAUCUUUUCUGUGCUUUACUAUUUUUAUGUUUUAUUAAAAUAUUGAAUUAAAUUAAACCUUUGUAUUGGUUUAAAUAUAAAAAUGAAUAAAAUUCCAGUACUUUUUUGUUGUUUGAAGAGCACGCCUUUGCUUAGUUAUUGAAUUUGAUUAAAUAAAUGAAUGAAUGAAUGAACGAAAAAAUUCAUUCGAUAGUCAAAAUCAUUCAGUCAUUAACAAUCGAUGGUUGAAAUCACUCAAUAGUUGCCAACACUAGAGUAAAGAGACUAUAAGGUAAUACAAUGUAAAGAAAAGCACAACUGAGAGGUACCCAUGAAGAAACGUCAAAUGGAGUUUGAGGUUGAGUUUCUAUUGGCAUCCAAGAUGGUCGACUCUUACCGGGAAAUAGUUGCAUUGUAUUAUUUUCUUAAAAUGUAUGGAAAAUUUGUUCCAAAAAUACUGGUUAUAUAUAAAAAUUUAAUUUUUUUUCAAGAUAAAAUUGUGUUAUUUUAAUAUAUAUUCUUAAAGAGAAGGCCGUUAUGAGCAAAUACAUGUAUAAUUAGGUAUUUUAUUUAUGCCUCUUUUUAACUGUGGUAAGUUAAUAAAUGUUCAUCAUAAAAAAAUGUUAGGUGCAAAUAAGUAAGCAUGCCAAAUAAUGGGAUCCAGAAGAUGUUAAUUCGUAGCCAAAUUUUAUGUUUGUAUUUAUAACAUUUAAUUGUUUUAUUCUGGUAGCUGCAUAAAUUAUCUAAAAGUAUGGGGAUACUCUAAAAAUACCACAGCUCAAGAUACGAACCCAUCAAAAUACCGAAAAUAUUCAAAUAUCUUGCCAGUAUUGCUAUUGAGCGUGUCGAAAUAGUAUUGCGUUAGCUAAUUUAAACUACUUUUUAUGAAAGAAAUAAAGUUACCGUAUUUAUACCAUAAAUAUAAUGCAAAUUCAACAAAUAAUUUAUUUAUGAAGCCCAUUUAUUUAAAAACUUAGCUUAUAACUAAAAAUUAAUAUGCUAAUUUUUAUGUUCAUUGUUCAUAAAAUAUAUAUAU